UCCAGAAGAUAGAAAGACAGAGACCAAGAGACAGAAAGACAGAGACCAAGAGACAGAAAGACUACAGAAAGAAGAGACUGAGAGACAGAAAGACAAAGACAGAAGACAGAGACCGAGAGACAGAAGACUGAAAGACAGAGACCAAGAGACAGAGACUGAAAGACAGAACCAAAGAAACAGAAUCAGAGAGACAAAAAACCAUAGAAGCAAGAUGUCAAUAAAGCAGAAAG